AUGGAUUAUUUGUCUAAGUUUAGCAUCACUGAGCCUAUAUUGAGUUUUGUUGGGAGAAAUGAUUCUCUUGAAGACCACUUGGUGAAGCUCUACUGUGUUCAUGCUAAAGCAAUCAAGCAAUAUGAAGAUAUUAAUAGUGGUCCUUAUACGAAGAUUUAUAGAGACUUUGCAGAUGAAGAUCAAGGGUAUCUGCUGAAUUACAACGAUAACAAUCUCGAUCUAAAUGAUAAUCGUGGUAAGAAUAAAGGUCUUCAAGAUUAUCCUGUUCAUACAUGGAGGAUGUACGAUUAUAUUAAUAUAGAUAUAUAUUAUGAUGAAAUGAAGAUAUGGUGCGAAACUAAUGAUUUAGGGAUAUAUGAAUCAUCUAUACAUCCGAAAUAUUAUAAGUCUGUUAUUGCACGUCAUCAUGAGGAAGGAGGUAUUAGCGUUAUAGGUUUUGAAACAGCUGAAGGAGCGACUACUGCAGCUGCUAAAAAAGAAGAAGAUGAAAAUGAAGAAGCAUCGGCGAAGAUGAUAAAACCAAAUGCAUAAGACGGCUCAACCCAAAGUACCAGCAAGACUAAGUCUCCUUUUCCCUUUUCUUAAAGCUUUGCAAAUAAUAUUGUGGAUUUAUGUUCCUCUCUUUGAGGACAAACCCACGUUCCCUUUCUUUUGCUUUGUGCUUCCAAGUUUGUAGGAGUUGAUACUCCAAUAUUAUACAUUGUAAACAAAAAAAAUGAAUAAAGACUUUUGGAGAUUAGCUCC